AUGUGGCGCCUUCAGCUAAGUUGGGACAAACCCGUUCCACCUGAGGUCGCUCACCAAUGGCACAACUUUAUCUCUGAAAUGCAACAUGUUAAACAGAUUAAACUGACUCGUAGAGUUACACAUGAUGACGCCAAGAGUUACCAAUUGAUUGGGUUUUGUGAUGGCUCUUCAAAGGCAUAUGGAUGUUGUGUAUACUUGAGGACAGUUCGUGCCAACCAUUUUAACACGCAUCUGUUGAUUGCAAAAUCAAAAGUUGCACCCCUAAAACCACUAACGGUUAACCGUCUAGAGCUUUGCGGUGCUGUCCUUCUAGGGCGAGUUCUUAAGCACAUGCAAAAUUUGCUGCGAGAUAAAAUCCCCCUCAGUAAAGUGAUUGCCUUUACUGAUAGUAACACGGUUCUAGCAUGGUUGCACACGGAACCUCAUAAACUGAAGACUUUUGUUUCCCAUCGCGUUGCGAAAAUCAUCGACGAUGUAUCAGUUGAUAGCUGGCAACACGUAUCAACAUAUGAUAAUCCUGCCGAUCAUUGCAGUCGAGGUCUUAGCGGUUCACAGCUAGCGACAUGUUGUACGUGGUGGUCAGGUCCAAAUUGGCUCGCUAACGAUUCCUCCACUUGGCCAGUAAAGUGCAAGUGGGAAGCACAAGAUUCCGUACCCGAGUUGCGCUCUACUGCUUAUGUAUCUCAAACGGAUACUAGCUCUGCUGAGUUGGACUUUAUUGGUGGACUGUUGGACCGUUACUCCACGCUAUACCGCGUCCAGCGUGUGCUAGCUUGGUGUCUGCGUGCUGUAGCAGCAUUCAAACGAAGCUCUAAAACUAAGAAUUUCCUGAGCGUAUCAGAGCUGGAGCAGUCUAUCGUCUAUAUGGUUCGACAUGAACACAAACUUCAUCUUACAGAUGAAGUCAAAGCCACAAAAUCCGUUAAAAAACUGAGUCCAUUUAUUGAUGAUGCGGGAUUGCUGCGAGUGGGGGGCCGUCUAAAGCACGCUAAUCUACCGGCAACUGUAAAACAUCCCGUAUUGUUACCAAAGGCUUCACGCUUAUCAUUGUUGAUCAUAGAUCACUUUCAUGUCAAUUACUUACACUGUGGUCCUCGUACUCUUCAAUCGAUUAUUCAGCGUAGAUAUUGGAUACUUGGCAUCCGUAACUUAAUUCGGUCGCGUUUAUCUAAAUGCAUAGCAUUUUUUAAGGUAAAACCGGUUGUUUGUCAGCCUUUAAUGGGAAAUCUUCCUUCACCAAGAGUACAACCGACGCGGUGUUUCCAAAAUGUGGGAAUCGACUUUGCCGGUCCAUUCAUGGUGAAGGAAAGUCGUAGACGAAACGCUCGUACUUACAAGGCCUACGUGUGUGUAUUCGUUUGCCUCGCGGUAAAGGCUAUCCAUCUUGAGGCAGUAACCGAGCUAUCGACUUCUGCUUUUCUUGCAGCGUUAGAUCGCUUCGUAUCACGUCGUGGCCUUUGUACCUUCAUAGUCACCGACUGCGGUACUAACUUUAUUGGUGCCCGCCGUUACCUUAACGAACUACAGCAAAUGAUUUCUAAGAAUAAGGAUUCACUUGAGUCUAGUCUUGCGAAACGAAACAUUAUCUGGCGACUGAACCCUCCUACCGGGAGUAAUUUUGGUGGCAUAUUUGAGAGCGGUGUAAAAUAA